AUGACAAUGCGAUCGAAAUCAUUCAGUGAGCGGAUCCUUCGGAAUGCUUCAUUUAUCAAAUGGUGUCAAAAGGAAGAAUCAAGAAAUGCCGAUUCGAUAGCCCUUUACACCUCGAUCCUGGAAUUUGAAUCCAAACUGAAAAGUGGUUCUCCAUCCCUUUCUCUUCUCAAAUUGGCCCGUCACAUCCAUCGAAAAUACGUCAGUUUGAAUACAGGAAAAUGCCACGUCAUCGACGAUUCGACGAGAACUGAAAUGUCAAAAAGAGUACAUGAGGUUCUCGAUGGAAAACCACCGUACGUCGAGCUAUUUGACCCCCUGAAACAGCCACUCUUCCAACAUUUGAAGUCAAUGCACACAGAAUAUUCAACAACAACAGCUGAUAUCAAUACUACAUGGGAAGACGCGUCUUCCACCAGUUCCUCCAACAAAGGCGCCAUGAUUUGGUUUAACGACGACGCAAUCGAUAGAUCGUCUCGACAUGAAAUCGGUCAGAAUACCGUAACCCACGAGUCAGAAGACGAUCGAUUCGCUUUUUUCAAUGCAGUUUGUACUCGGCUCAAUUCUUUACAAGAAACCAAAAACUCAUCUGAAACCGAGGAGAGCCCUGAGAAACCAAAGUCUUCUUCAUCAUCAAACCCAUAUGGAAAUGACGGAUUCGCCCCGCCUCCACACAGUACUCACACGAAUACAAUGAAGGUUUCCAACCUUCCGAAACGAUUCGAAUCACUUUAUAAGAAAAAACGCCAACAAAACGUAACAUCAGAUUCCAGCGGAUUCGGAAGUAAUGCCAGCGAUUUUUGGAGUUUUGAACGUUACGGUAAAUCAAAUCAUGGAACAUUGGAGAGACCGAAUCGUCUGUUUCCGGGAAGUAAUAACGGAUUCUCUACUCUUCAGCACAAAAAACGGAGUCCGGAAGUCCAAAAGCUGACUGUAGAGCUUCGAUACGAGAAUGAUGUCCCGAUGAUCGCCAAGAUUUCGGCGAAUCAAUCGGUCACUUUGAGAUAUUUCCGUCAUUUAUUUGGUCUACAUUAUACUGAUAGUUGCAGAUUCUUCUUCAAAUCAAUGUGCGAAGACGGUUCAGCUCAAUAUCAAUGGACUCUUCUAUUCCAAGAUGAUGAUAUUCUUCCAGUAUUUCAGAAUAGAAUAACAGCAAUCUGUCGAAUGUGUCCUCCGCCAGAGGAGCAUCAUUUGAUUUAA